ACGGGUGCGUCCGGGCGGCUGCUGCAGGUGUCAUCCAGAGGGUUCCGGUCUCUUUGCUGCAGACUACAGCGGUGAUGGCGGGCAGACCGUUCGGCGGCAGCCGAGCGGUUCUUCUCCAGGUCCUUCUGGGCGUGAACCUGAUUGUGAUGCCACCUGCUCAGGGCCGGAGUCUGCGCUUCGUUACUUUGCUGUACAGACACGGAGACCGGUCACCAGUGAAGACGUAUCCCAAGGACCCAUAUCAGGAAGAGGAAUGGCCCCAGGGCUUUGGGCAACUAACCAAGGAGGGGAUGCUGCAACACUGGGAGCUGGGCCAGGCUCUGCGGCAGCGAUACCACGGCUUUUUGAACACUUCCUACCACCGGCAAGAGGUGUAUGUGCGAAGCACAGACUUUGACCGGACUCUCAUGAGUGCAGAGGCCAACCUGGCGGGGCUGUUCCCGCCCACCGGGGUGCAGCGCUUCAACCCCAACAUCUCAUGGCAGCCGAUCCCUGUUCACACAGUGCCCAUCGCCGAGGACAGGCUGCUGAAGUUCCCACUGGGCCCCUGUCCCCGCUAUGAGCAGCUACAGAAUGAAACCCGCCAGACACCCGAGUACCAGAGCGAGAGCGUCCAGAAUGCACAAUUUCUGGACAUGGUGGCCAACGAGACAGGGCUGACGGACGUGACGCUGGAGACCGUCUGGAACGUCUACGACACGCUCUUCUGUGAGCAAACACACGGGCUGCUCCUGCCGCCCUGGGCCUCACCCCAAACCAUGCAGCGCCUGAGCCGCCUAAAGGACUUCAGCUUCCGCUUCCUCUUCGGGAUCUACGAGCAGGCGGAGAAGGCCAGGCUUCAGGGCGGAGUCCUGCUGGCUCAGAUACGGAAGAACCUGACGCUAAUGGCAACCACGUCUCAACUCCCUAAGCUGCUGGUUUACUCUGCGCACGACACCACACUGGUCGCCCUGCAGAUGGCACUGGAUGUCUACAAUGGUAAACAGGCUCCCUACGCCUCCUGUCACAUGUUUGAACUGUACCAGGAAGAUAAUGGGAACUUCUCCGUGGAGAUGUACUUCCGGAAUGAGAGUAACAAGGCCCCCUGGCCGCUGAUCCUGCCGGGGUGCCCUCACCGCUGCCCCCUGCAGGACUUCCUUCGUCUCACAGAGCCUAUUGUGCCCAAGGAUUGGCAGCAGGAGUGCCAGCUGGCAGGCCAGACUGCAGAUACAGGGACUUCUGAUGCCUGUGUCUCCUCUAUGGGGUCACCCCCAGAUCAAAAGCUAACAGACAGACCCCUGCCAUCUUUCAUCAGCUACCACUGUUUGUCCCUUGCGUUGAAACCACUCUUGUCAAGGUGACCAAUUCUUAGCUUCUCUUCCAGCAGCAUUCCGUAAUCGGUCACUCUGGCCUUAAAUGCUUUCUUGGCUCCCCCAGUUUUUAUCCUAACUCCCAGGCAGUUUCCUUAGUGAUUUCCUUCCCCCACUAAACGAGUGCUGGCCCAGGCUUCGAACCUGGCUGAUGUCUUGGGCCUCUGCUUUGUGCACCACCACCACGCCGAGUUCAUCUUGUGUUCUGACUUGCAGACUCAUGACGUCCCCCCCCAAGCUACACGUAGAUCCUGCCACGAGCCUGAGGUCUUUACGUUGUCAAACAAGACACCUCAGAGCCAGCUGUCUAAAAUGAAAUGCUUUUCCCCCAAAACCUGCUCUUCCUCCAGGCUUCCUCAUUUUAGUGACUGCCACAUCAGUCUCCUUGGCAGAACCUAGGAGUUCCCGUGAAUACCCUUUCCACACCCCACACCAACCCACUGGCAGCUCGGACCCCUUACUCCAUGCUCCUGCCAGGACUGAAAAGCUUCCUGUUGUCUCUUUUUUUUAUCUAAGUCAGCUGACGUCCCUGUCCUCCUUCAGGUCUUCCAGAUGUGUAGGGAGUAAAACCCAAGGUCUUUAUCCUGGCCUUCCAGGCCCUACUCACUGGGUUCUCAGCCCCCUCCCUGGCUUGCUGAUCCUAGGUCAGAGCCUCUUGUGGUUGCUUCCUGUCCUUGCCCCAGGUCACCUCUGUUGUGUGUCCCAGGCACUGACUCUGGGUCUGUUCAAAUCCUCACUUCCUCAGCCAUGCCUUCGCUGACUGACCUGCCUUACUGUGUUCUCCCUUCUGGCAUCUGUCCCUAACCUACCAUUCCUAUCAUUGCUUCUUUAUUAGAUCUCCUCUCCUAGAAUGUGAACUCCAUGAUGGCAGAGGAACCGUCCCGGCCACCUCGGCCCAUGCGUCUCCUGUGUAUCUGAACACGUGCCUGGCCUGUGGCAGGGGCUUACAUCUUUGCUGGA